UUGCUAGUAUACGGCCACACUUAGUGCAGAAAUAAACAACAAUUGCUAGCUAGCAAGUAAAAAUUAGCAAAAGACCUUAAAAUAUGAGCUUAAAUAACGAAUUGUGAGAAAUAAGUGGUAGUGUGAUCAUCGACGGACCAUCUGGUGCUAUGUAAAUUUGCCUGCUACUCGUCUUGCCCAAGACAGACUCCAAGUAAUUGAAAUUGAAUCCUGGAAUAGAGGAAGCCCCCUAAGAACCAACAGAGCCAGCCACAAUGGUGCUCGUUUUGAAUGGAGUGCUGCAGGACGACUGUCCCAUGGACACCAACAGCCUGUUCCUGCAGCAUCCCGUCUACAGAGACUACGCCCAGCAGCUGCACUCCAUCCAGGCCAAGUCGGUGGGUCCGGUGGGUCUACUGUACGUGGGACAGCGUGAACUGGCCGCCUCCGCCCCGCACGACAAGCACGUCAACAUUAUUGGUGCCGACGAUGCCACCACCUGUAUUAUCGUGGUCGUCCGCCACUCGGGAUCGGGCGCAGUGGCAAUGGCCCACUUCGAUGGCAGCGGCGUGGAUGAGGCUGUGUGCACUAUGGUGUCCCGGGUGCAGGAGCUGGCCGUGGGCUAUCCAGAGGGUCGCAUCGAGUUGCAGUUGAUUGGUGGCUAUCGAGAUGCCAAAGGCUAUGGCGAGGAUGUAUUCUACAGCAUAAUGCAAUCAUUCCACAAUCACCAUCUGGAGAUCGACCUGACGCAGGCUUGCGUUGGCGACCUAAACACCAUGAUGCGCGGCGAGAUCAACUGUCCCAUUAUCUAUGGCGUGGGAGUCAACAUCAAGACUGGCGAGAUCUUUCCGGCCACCUUCCCGGACAGAGGGCCGGACCGGGAGCUGCGCGAUGCUCGCAUUUUCAUGGGAGCCCAGUCGGUACUGGAUGUCUAUGACUCUUCGCUGGGAAUGCUGCGAAUCGGUCCCUUCAACUAUGAUCCGUUGCGCGGCGCCGACCUGUGGCUCUCCCAGACAGAUGAGUUUCUGCUGCAACACCUGUCCUCCAGCCCAGACGUGGAGCCGCCACACUUUGCGCCACAGACGCGUGCCACCAUCAAGUUUAUACAGGAGAACCAGUUCCCCGCCGUCACGGUUUUCAGGGACAAUCGGCCACGCUACUACCGGCGGGACGAUGCCACGGGGUGCUGGGUGCCGGUUAGAUAUUAAAGCUUUUAGUCCAUAAGUGCUUAGUUGUUACACAAUUCAAGAAAGUGUCGCCGAUGUUUUAAUUGUUUGGUGCAUGUGUUACGAGUUAUUAUCGCUCCUCCGCAACUCAUUUUCAACUGCUUCCCGCUUGCCUUUGUUUCACUUUUAAUCGUUGAGUUAAUUGAGUAUUGGUCUGUAAUUGUCCUAGAAAAAAUGCGAAACGAUCCAUUAGCCAUUGCAGUCAAUUAAUGCGAAGCGAACGUAAAUAAUCUCCCUCUUUUCCCAACUAGAAGCAAGAUUGAGUUCCGAUGUGCACUGGACGGAGAUGCUGGGACGAGCCUUAGAAAUGGAUCUGAAAGUGAACGCGAUAAUUAUAUAAUUAUCAAAUAUAUAUAAUUCUAACUGCAUAUGUAUAUAGGUAUAUAUAUAUAUAUGUAUGUUUGUAUACACCCGCAGUAGCAAACCUAAUAUUUAAAAUAGAGAUCCUUAGCAAAAUAUAUACGCGUAAACACAUGUAAACGAAACGAAACGAUUUCGAAUACAAUCAUUUUAGCCCGUACUUGUAAACUGUAAUCAAAAUUGUAAGAAAAAUAUAGAAAUGGCAUGGCUAUACACAUUAUAAAA